AUGCCUCCCAGACCUCACCCACCCAUCCAAAUCCCGGAUUCCUAUACUACCCUACCUCUGAAGCAGAUCAAGGUCUCUCACGUCCCGGCAUCCUCACCAACUCCCACGCCGGUGCUGCUCGUAACCUUGAACAGACCGCAGAAACACAAUGCAUUCACAGAUCAGAUGCGGGAGGAUAUGGAACGGCUCUAUGAAAUCAUCGACAUUGAUCCGCGGGUCAAGGUUGUUGUCUUGACCGGUGCGGGACGGAGUUUCUGCGCAGGAGCCGACUUGGACAUUGGAUUCGUGGGAGCAAAAGAUGAAAAGGGCCAGCUUAAGAAUCCCAAGACUGAACGUGACGUGGAUCACAGAGAUGGCGGAGGGAGAACUUCUUUGGCAAUUCACCACUGCUCCAAGCCAACGAUUGCGGCCAUCCAAGGCGCUGCUGUCGGUGUAGGCAUCACCAUGUGCCUGCCAGCAUCCAUCCGCAUCGCAUAUGCGAAGGCCAAGAUUGGCUUCGUGUUUAGUAGACGAGGGCUCAUCAUGGAAGCCUGCUCCUCCUACUUCCUCCCUCGAUUGAUUGGGCACUCUCGAGCGCUGCAUUUGACCACCACUGGCUCCGUGUAUCCUGCGGACAGUCCGCUGUUUGGCACUCUCUUCUCCGAGCUAUGUCCAACACCAGAAGCAACCUUGUCUCGAGCACUCGAGCUUGCCGAUGAGGUCGCAAAGAAUACCUCGGUCGUCUCAACAAAGCUCAUGAGAGAGCUGAUGUACCGAGGCCCUGACAGUGCAGAGGGCGCUCAUCUCCUUGAUUCCAGGGUUAUUCACGGCUUGUUUGGCAGCAAGGACAACCUAGAGGGCGUUGAGAGCUUCCUGCAGAAGAGGCCAGUCAAUUUCACUGGGCAAUUACCCCAAGACGCACCAGCUGCAUAUCCUUGGUGGGAUCAGGUCGACAUUGGCUCAAAAUCGCCGGACCCAAGAGGCAAACCCAAGUUAUAG